GCCUGAAACUAUGACUGCCGCGAACAAAGCAGUGUUCCGCUUCUUUGAUGCAGUUGCGCAUGUCCCGUUUACUCUACUCACUUUGAAUGUGGCCCCAUCGGAAUCAUCCAAAAGCAAAAAGAAGUCAGGCAAGAAGCGCAAAAAGGGCCACCAAGUGCGGGUUGAAAGAAGGGCUUCUGAGCGAAAAUUCCGAAAGGUGUCCAAGACCAGCAAACAGGAGGGCGUGGCCGGCCAGAAUGGAGGAAAUGGCCAGAAUGACGAAGACAUCCGGGACACUGAGGAUGACCAAGUUAGAAAAGACGACCAAGAUGGACAACUUGACCAAUAUGGACAACAUGGCGAUGUCGACCAAAAUGAUAAAGGUGUCCACCAUAGCGAGGAUGUCCAGCAUGGCGCAGAUGUCGAGGGCGGCGAAAAUAAUGUGAGGAAUGUUUGGACUUUUCUCAUAGAGAAGAUGAAAAUGAAAGACUGGAGAUGGGCCCCCUAAACUAUUGUCAAAAUCUUUGUCUUCUUGCUUUCUUUGCAAUUUACCAUGGGAUACUCUUCAUUCACAGGUUACAACGCCGAAUAGGGGGCUGUAAAAUCUUAUCCCAUAUUGUCAAGGUUUAUGCAUUCAAAGAUAAUGCACCCAGUCAAAUAAUAUGGAAGCCUUCUUAUCUGAUCUGAUAGAUCAUAGAAUUUGUUUAGAGCAUAAUCAAAAACGCAGGAA